AUUGGCGGAGCUCCUACAUAUAUCCGUGACCCGGCAUCACCGGUAGUAUGACACCGGCUUGCAGCCGAUCAAAAGCAUCAUCAUCACCAUCAGUCAUGCGUUACAGUCAAGAACUCGAAGCUUUCCAGUUUUCCGCAAGAAGCGCCAUGUUCGACAGCGAGGACUCCGGCUCCGCAGACGGGGAGCAACUGACGGAUGUGCGCUACCCGAGUUCAGCGCCUUCCAGCCCGCAGUCCGUCAACUCGGACUCCAGCUGCCCGAGUCCAGAGGCCAAGUCCGCCUCAGGCCAGCAGAGAGUCAGGAGGCCUCUAAACGCCUUCAUCAUCUGGACGAAAGAGGAGCGCAGGAGACUGGCUCAUCUGAACCCAGACUUGGAGAACACCGAUCUGAGCAAAAUACUGGGAAAAACCUGGAAGGCCAUGUCUCUGGCUGAGAAGCGUCCUUACAUGCAGGAGGCGGAACGUCUCAGGGUUCAGCACACCAUCGACUACCCGAACUACAAGUACCGGCCCCGCAGGAGGAAGCAGCUGAAGAAGAGUUCCAAUAAGCCCCCUGUUGCAGAAUCCUCUCCCGCUUUGCCUUCGCUCUGCAGCUCGGGCUUCUCAGUGCCUUACAACCUCUCCUACCUGCUGCAGAACCAGCAGCAGUACCACAGCUCUCCUGCUUUCCCUAACGUCCCCGCUAACUUCAACAGCUACACAAACUCUCCAGUUUUUCCAGACCAAACAACAGCAGACGCUUUCCAAAAUAAAACUGAAGUGUACCCGCCUGUGUACCCUGCAGAACCCCAAGGAUACUUUGGCGGCCAGCACGGGUACAUGCAAUACGGUUUCUCCAGUUCAGCAGUCUCACAUGUGGAUCAAGGGGACUCCAGGAUGUACGGGGGUCUGCUGUGUCCAUCUGGACCAUCUCUGGAGUUUUACCUGGAGCAGGUUAAAAUGGACAUGCUGUACGAUCUGGACCGCAGUGAGUUUGAGCAGUACCUGGGCCCGAGCGCUCACAGGUCGGAGUCAGUAGAUCCCAGCGGCUACGCACAGCAGAGCGGCUACAGAGAGGAACGUUUACUGUCAUAAAUGCACCGAAGCGGCUGUAAAUAUUUAAAUUAUCUCAGUGUUUUAUAUCACGACGACUGCUGCAUGUUGAUGUGAGAUGUGUUUUCU